GCCUCAUCGUCCUCGCAACGUUUUGUCCCGGCGCGCUCUUUCUCUGCCCGGGAGGGGUGUCAUCAUGGGCAGCAAGAUGGCGGCUGCCAGUAGGGUCGUUCAGGUAGUCAAGCCACAUACACCACUGAUUAAGUUCCCAGACAGAAAAAGUACUCCAAAAGCUAAAAUGCAGGAGUCUCUACAGUCAAGAGUGCCUCCGCUUCAUGGGAUAGCCUCGCAAUUUUCUGCAGAAAGCAAGACACCAUCUUAUGAAAGUACUUUAUUUACUGGUAGAACACAAGGCAUACCUGACACAGCAGAAUUAGUAAGAACUUUACCGCAGAAGUACAGGAGAAAACCCAUGUCAGUCGAAGAGAUGGAAUACAUUCAACGUGGAGGCCCAGAAUAAGAUGGAGCAUUGUGCAGUUUGAUGAAUAAUGAACCCUUGUAUGUACAAUAAAGUCCUUCCUCUCUCUCUUCUCUCUCUCUCUGGAUAUUAAAGGAGUUCAUAAGGAAAGAUUUUUUUCCAAAGUGCUUUUGUGAGGAACUAAAAGGUAAUCGCUUCAGAAAGUGAUUGUGUCUCACAUUCAAAGACAAUUCUGUUUCAAGUAAUCAGAAGCCUCCACUUUAACUGCACUGUUAAAAUUUAUUUUUUUCAUUCUAUUCAUUAUAGAUUCCUUAUCUCUUAUAGUUGCUAUUGAUACACUAAAAAUUAAAAAUAACUAAUAAAAUGGCAGUUAAUAACAGCCAGAAGAAAACCAUGGUGUUUUCAAAGUUUGAACAGUACAGGAUUUGUUCCUUCUAGUGAGCAUCCAAAGAACUUUGAGAAAUAAACUUAAAUUAGCCACUAUCAAAACUGACAAAUUUGGUUAAUGGACUCACUGUGUUGAAUAAACAUAAUGUACAAACAUA